CUUGGUUUUAAAUACACAUAAUAUGUAUAUGUGUUUCAUUGUUUAAAUGAUGGGUGUCCAGGAAAUAAAAUAAACAUGAUGCCAUCCAUCUGGCAUCACUAUUCGCGGCGAGAAAAUUACGAACACGAAGCGAUGAAGAAGCAAAUCAAAAGCAGCGGAGCCAACAGCAGCCAACAGUAGUAGAAAAGCGUGGAAAGUGCACAUAAGUUUCAAGUUUUAUUUUAGUAUAGAAGUUAUUUUCCAAAACAAGUAAAAAAUCUGGAGCGACUAUAUUAAGUGGCAGGAAAUUUGUGAAGCAAGCAACAUUUCGGUAUUUAGCCUAAAGGGUUAGCUUGCGAAAGAAUCAUACAAACUGUUUUGCUGAAUAGCGGCGGUAGUUUUAACACAGAACGCAGCGCGUAGAGGUGAAAGAAAUAGAGCCGACGACGACAAGCAGAAAAGGAAGAGAAUAAAGGAGAAAAGGCAAACCAAAGCUAUUGCACCAACAACAACGACUACAGUAACAGCAACAGCGGUCGACAACUGCUUUUGGUGUUUCUUUUUUGCAUUUUGUUUUAUUGGCGCAUACACCCGUCUUGGCAGUUAACGCAGCGUGUGUGUGUGUGGGGGAGAAAACAACUAUAGGAAAGUAGCAGCGAAGGAGCACAACAUUCAGAUUUUCAAGUCGACUACACAGUGUGACAGUGCUUGCAUUUAAAUCUAUAUUUGUGAAAACAAGAAAAAAUAGCCAGCAUUAUAAGAAGCUGUGAUUGAAUAGAGCGACGCAAAAGUUUUUAAACGUUAAAUUUCAAGUGUGAAAUUGUAAAACUAGAAAGCUCAAAUUGCAACAGCAGCUGAAAAUUACAAGUGAAAAAGUAAGACUAGUGCACCAAAAAAAUGGAAAAAAGAAUAGAACUAGAAAGACGCGCACGAAAAGCGAAUCAGAUCACAGAAUUGAAUCUGGAUAAUUGCCGGAGUACAAGUAUCGUUGGCCUUACAGAUGAAUACACUGCGCUGGAAUCACUGAGCUUAAUCAAUGUUGGUUUAACCACACUAAAAGGUUUCCCCAAGUUGCCCAAUCUGAAAAAACUGGAACUUUCAGACAACAGAAUAUCAAACGGCCUCAACUACUUGACAACAAGUCCCAAAUUACAAUACCUUAACCUGUCGGGCAAUAAAAUUAAGGAUCUGGAAACACUUAAACCAUUGGAAGAAUUUAAGCAUCUCGCCGUGUUAGACCUAUUUAAUAACGAAGCUACACAAAUUGAAAAUUACCGUGAGAAAAUAUUUGAAAUGGUGAAAUCCCUAAAAUUCCUCGAUGGUUUCGAUGCGAAUGAUGUGGAAGCACCCUCUGAUGGCGAGGAUGAUGAUGAAGUUAACUUAAACGACGACGAGGAGGAAGGUGAGGACAAACAAAACAAGUUUUGUUUAAAUGGUAUUGAAAUUGAUUUGGAUGAGUUGGAAGACUUUGAGCGGCGUGUAAAAGCGAAGAAACAGCUCCAAGACACAACAGCCACAAAAAAUCAAAAAGCUGCUGAUGAAAUUGAUGAUUUAGAUGAGUUGUUGAAGGAAAUAAAAUUGAAAGACGCUGCGUCCAAUUCUGCCUGUGAUAAGACGUCGACAGCCGCACCCCAAUCCCCAGAUACAAGAAUGGAUAUGCCAUCGACGGGUGACGGUGCCUGCAACAACACAGGCGUUAAUGUAGCCAAUGCUCCCCCAUUGCCUUUUGCUCUUAUACUCUAUUGGUUUUUAGCGAUUUUAAAUCUGGCAAAUGCCUCAUUUUAUUCCUGUGAUGAGGAGGACUAUGGCAGUUCAUAUGUAUCUACAUCUGAUGUUUCGUUAUCGGAGGUGUACAAUGAAGAUCUGGAAGAGGAUAACUCCGAGUGGGAUGAAGAGAAUGCAGUCGAAGAUGAAGACGAAGAUACCGACGAUGAUGAUACUGAUGGAGAGGGAGAUGGUGAGGGGAAUGUGUCUGCCAAGGCUGCUGCAGGCAAGGAAAAGUCUACAUCAAACUCCGCCGCCGCAAAAGCAGAUGCUGCCGAUGCAGACAACAAAAACGCCGCCGAAGAAGCUGCUGAAGAGGAGCCGCAGGCUCGGGGAAAGAAAAGAAAGCAUGACGGUUAAGCAGUGUUGUAUAAAGACGACGCAUCAUCGUAGCAUUUGUUUACAAAACUCCAAUUAACGUUUUUCUACUAUCUUAAUUUAACAAAACAAAACAAAGCAGAAACAACAACAAAAUUUUCUCUAUCAGUUUAUACACAAUUGAAAAGCGCAAAAAAAAUAACAGAAAUGUUAGAUCAAGUAAUACAAUAAAUAUUGUAAACACAGCAAUUAAUAUUAUUCAAAGGAAAAUAUUAUAUAUUUGCGAGUAAUAGCAGUAACCACACUCACACUACUACAAAACAAUAUAUAUAACAGCCAGCCACAUUCAAACCAAUAUAUAAAAUUACAACACUUUGGUGGCGCGAAAAUUAUGUGGGCAUAGAGAGGGGAAGACGUAGAAAGCCAUGUAAUCCACGGAAACCAUCGAAAAGCCGUAAUGAAAUGAUACAAGUUUGCUUUCAAUAGAACUUCUACAACAACACCGGCAUUGCAAACAGCAGAGUUAGAAACAAAAGAGUACAUAAUAAUUAUUAUAUAAAAGUUAUUAUAAUAGUGAUUAUUUUAAGCAUGACCUAUAUAAGGAAGUAAAAAAGCAAGAAAAAAGCGAAAAAUGUAAAGUUUGCAUUAAAGAUAAACACCAACAACCGUACCCACUCAAUGGCGUCUGCAAAGCGACAAGGAGGGCCGGGAAAUGUUUUAUUAAUAUUAAGCAUUUCUUUCUUCGUAGAUCUAUAGAUUAUUGGCGCCUCAAACAAUUAACCUUGAAAUGCAAAUAAAUUGAGUAUAUAUAAAUCAAAAAAUAUCCGGGUAACAAGUAGUGACGUCAGCUGUCAUAAUAUAAAAAUUGUUUAUUGUUUAGUAGCAUUAAUUAGUUACUUAUACAGUAAGUUUAUUAAUAUACAUACAUACCAACAACAACAACAACAACAAAAAAGCGGGAGGCGUAAACUCUGCUUCCUUGAGAGAGAUGUUUUCAGAUUUUUUGUUUGUGACUUGGCGCAAGGGAUUAUAUACAUACAUAAUUCAUAUACAAACGACCAUAGAUGAGAUAGUAUUUUCGCAUUGUUUACUUUUAUCCAAAUUGAACAUAGACAGCAAGAGAAUUAAUGUAGAUUGUGAAUGCCACAAUUGUAUUUAUACGUUGUUUUUGUAAAAUUUCACAUUUAUAACAAUUUCUUUAAAAUUUGGUAUUUUCGGUCUUAUUGACAAUACAUUAUUCUCAAACAAUACA